AUGAGCGGCGGCGGCGGCGGAGGAUCGGCGGCGACGCAGGGGCAGCAGGAUCUGCAGCUGCCGCCGGGGUUCAGAUUCCAUCCGACGGACGAGGAGCUGGUGAUGCACUACCUGUGCCGGCGGUGCGCCGGCCUGCCCAUCUCCGUGCCCAUCAUCGCCGAGGUCGACCUCUACAAGUUCGACCCAUGGCAGCUCCCGAGAAUGGCGCUCUACGGCGAGAAGGAGUGGUACUUCUUCUCCCCGCGCGACCGCAAGUACCCGAACGGGUCGCGGCCGAACCGGUCGGCCGGCACGGGCUACUGGAAGGCCACCGGCGCCGACAAGCCGGUGGGCACGCCCAAGCCCCUGGCCAUCAAGAAGGCGCUCGUCUUCUAUGCCGGGAAGGCGCCCAAGGGCGACAAGACCAACUGGAUCAUGCACGAGUACCGCCUCGCCGACGUCGACCGCUCCGCCCGCAAGAAGAACAGCCUCAGGUUGGAUGACUGGGUGCUUUGCCGGAUCUACAACAAGAAAGGCGCCUCGGAGAGGCCGAGCGCCGGUGACCGGACCGCGAGCGCGAGCCCCGGGCACGCGGCCGUCGGCUCGCCGCCGGAGCAGAAACCGGCCCUGCUGCCGCCAUACGCGCCGCAGCCGUUCUCGGACCUGGCGGCGUACUACGAGGUGAGGCCGUCGGACUCGAUGCCGCGGGCGCACGCGGACUCGAGCUGCUCGGAACACGUGCUGACGGCGUCGUGCGAGCGGCCGGAGGUGCAGAGCCAGCCCAAGAUCUCCGAGUGGGAGCGCACGUUCGCCACAGCCACCCCGGGCGUCAACCCGGCCGGCUUGAUGCUCGACCCGGCGGCCGGGCUCCCCGCCGGCGACCCGCUCCUCCAGGACAUCCUCAUGUACUGGGGCAAGCCGUUCUGA